AUGGCAGCGGAAGCUGAGGACGAAAUACAGCAUAACCAGCCUCAGCAGGAAUCUCCUAGCAACAUCAUGCCGCAGACCCCUGAGACCAUCCGACAAAUUGACUUCCUCCCAUCAUCAGCUGCAGAUGGGGUCAUCAAGACAUUGUUUUCAAGACCCCUGGAGAACUGCAAACCAGUGCCUCCCCUUGAACUGACUCCUGAACAACAAUUGAAAUACGAUUCAGUUCUGAAGACCGUAUCCGAAUGGACAACGGUCCCCACUACGUCAGCGAAAAAUGCUCCUACGGAGCCUAUUACGGAUGACGAUCGCAUGUUUCUCACACGAGAAUGUCUUCUUCGGUACCUUCGAGCUACCAAGUGGGACGUUACCGCUGCCGUCAUUCGUCUCCAGGGAACUCUGACCUGGCGCCGGGAAUAUGGUCUUGACAAGCUUACGCCCGACUAUAUCUCGAUUGAGAACGAAACGGGCAAGCAACUCAUUCUUGGAUAUGAUUUGAAUGCUCGACCAUGCUUGUAUCUUGACCCAUCCAAACAAAACACGGAGCUUAGCGAACGACAAAUUCAACAUUUAGUCUUCAUGCUCGAGCGUGUUAUUGAUCUAAUGGGACCAGACCAGGAAUCUUUGGCAUUGGUGGUAAAUUUCAAUGAAACCAAAUCAGGACAAAAUGCAACAAUUGGUCAGGGGAGAAAAACAAUGAGCAUUCUUCAAAAUCACUACCCGGAACGCCUUGGAAGAGCUCUCGUCGUCAAUAUGCCAUUCUUGAUUCUUGGCUUUUUCAAGCUGAUUUCCCCGUUCAUCGAUCCUACGUCCAGGGCAAAACUCAAAUUUAACGAAAACCUCUGUGAGCAUGUUCCACAAGCGCAGCUGCUCAAAAACGUAGGUGGAGAAGUGGAAUUCGAAUAUGACCAUUCUGUCUAUUGGCCAGCGCUGAACAAGCUGUGCGAACAACGACGAAACGAAUAUCAUGAGAGAUGGGUGAAAGGCGGUAAACAGAUCGGAGAGCACGAAAACUACCUGAAAGGUGGACCGGGCAAAUGUCUCAGUGAGAGCCAACCACCAGCUGCAGCGAUUUAG